CUAUUGUAGCUCCAUUUAUAUAAUAGAGUACUUAAUAAGCGUUCAGCUGUCUAUUGGAAUUUCGCAGGUGCCGACAAGCUGCUUGCAGCAAUCGGUCUAGAUACACCGCUGCAUUAGCAGCAGCAGCAAUCAGCGGCCGGCCUGCAUAGCCACACUACGCCACCAUGCCUCUUCAAAAGCGUGAUCCCGGCAACCCCGUCGUUUUCCUUGACAUUACGCUAGGAAGCGAGGCCAUUGGCAGAAUCCUGUUGGAGCUGUACAAGGAUGUAGUACCCAAGACGGCGGAGAACUUUCGGGCGCUGUGCACGGGCGAGAAGGGUGUGGGGCAGAAGGGCAAGCCGCUUCACUUCAAGGGCAGCGCCUUCCACCGCGUCAUUCCAGACUUUAUGAUUCAGGGUGGAGACUUCACCGCCGGCAACGGAACAGGCGGCGAAUCCAUCUACGGCGACCGGUUCGAGGACGAGGCCUUCACCCUGCAGCACGAGACGCCCGGACUGCUGUCCAUGGCUAACGCAGGGCCCAACACCAACGGAAGCCAGUUCUUCAUCACCACGGUGGCGACUCCGCACCUGGACGGCAAGCAUGUGGUCUUCGGCCGCGUGCUGAAGGGCAUGGGCGUGGUUCGGGAGAUUGAGCAGACGGAGACGGGCGAGCAGGACCGGCCCGUCCAGCCAGUUGUCAUUGCGGACUGCGGCGAGCUCACGGACGAGCAGGCGGAGGCGGCAGCGGUGGCGGCCGGCUCCGGCGGCUCCUUCCCGACCUAUCCUGAAGACGCGGAGAAGCCUGAAGGCGAGACGGAAGCUGAGUUCCGGCUGCGUGCUGGCGAGGCCAUUCGUUUGGAGGGAAAUGAGCUCUUCAAGGCCGGCAACUACAGCGAGGCCGUACUGCGGUACAGCAGCGCUGCUCGCUACGUGGGCCAGGACUCCUUCAACGACCCGGCUGCGGUUUCGGAGCAGCAGGCGACGGCGCUGCAGCAGGCGGUCAUUAGCUGCCUGCUCAACAGGGCUGCCUGCCGCCUAAAGCUCUCCAAGCCCGAAGCGGCUCUCACGGACGCGGUGGCGGUGCUGGACCAGGCGCCCGACAACGUGAAGGCGCUGUUCCGCUGCGGGCAGGCCAAGCUGGCGCUCAAGGACUUCUCGGGUGCUCUUGCGGAUCUGAAGCGCGCCUCCGAGCUGGAGCCCUCCGACAAGGGCAUCGCAGCUGAGUUGGCCCGUUGCAAGGCGGCGGUGGAGGCGGAGCGCAAGAAGGAGCGUGCCACCUAUGCACGCAUGUUCGGUUAGGACCUUAGGAGAGGUCAGCCAGGGCAC